AUGUGCCCACCGCCCGCUGCUGGGCCGCCCUUUGCAUUAGAGCACCAGCUGAACUGGGAUCGACGCAAGCUGUGGGAGUUCUUCGACCAGGAAUUCUGCUCGACGGACCUAAACCAGAUGGCGAACAGGCUGUGGUGGAUGUCAAAACAAGACAACGCCAACAUCUCCCCGCUCCACCGGCAACUGGUUAAACAGCGCGCCAUCAUCGUCACCGAGGAUCCUAAGCUGCAUCUAGUCUGGAUCCACAACCAAAUCUUCAUCAAGCCGCUGCCCCAGUACAUCGUCUCGUAUGCAUUCUGGCGGGACUACAUGGGUGGCGAUGGGAAAGAUGCCCACGAUAUCCGUAGGGCAGCCUUGGGCUAUCUCCGUACAUGGCUGUACCUGGUGAGGUACGAGUCCGACUUUCGCAUCGCCCAAGACCCCAGCCUGCACCUCAUCCCGCCCAACAUUACAUGGGACCAGUUCUGCCGUUUUGCAUCUGACCUGACCACGCUUGCCGAUUACAACGUCCCCACACGCUAUACCUAUAGCGAGAUUCGAUUGAUGAGGCUUAACUUCUACGUUCUAUUCCUACUUCGAAAAGCGUACUUUCAGCGUGUUGAUUAUCAAUACGGGACAUACUUUAAGCAGCCGUCCAGCGGCUCGCUGAUGCUCCCGCUAAUCGAGGUCAACGGGCCGUCCUGGCGCAUUAGCUUUGCCGUCCUGGACGCGGAGCGGCUCCUGGUCUCGGACCAUGCGAUGGGCUCGACGGACCAGAUGUCCGACUGCUAUGUUAGCUUCAAAUAUCACAUCGGGUGGAAAUCUACUGGGUUGUGGCCGGUUUCAGUGAGGCAGUAA